AUGGAUUCCUCUCACAAUACCACAAUUAAUUCCUAUAUAAAGGAAAUUGAAGGCUAUCUUAAUAAUAAACGAAUACUGUACGAAGCAGAAGGCAGAAGAGAAUUUGUUCCAUUAAUAGAUCGCACUGUACAAAUGAUUAGAUUAAUUAAGGAUCCUGGAACAACGGAGGGUCAAUCUGAUGUCACAGAACAAAGCAAUAAUCGUUCAUCCACACAAGGCACUUUUGAUCGUCCACCAGAAAAAAUGUACCAUUAUGCUGAUGGUGAAGCAAUUGAUUGUGCAAUAUGUAUUGAACAAAUUGAACCGAAACAUGCUCAGGUUCGAUUGUCAUGUGAUUUUAAAUGCCCAUACUGUCGGUUAGAAGUUGAAAGCUAUGCUAAGCAACCACGAACUUGGGAAUAUCCUCCAAAUGGUCCACCAACCCCACAAAAUCUAAACGAUCAUAAUGAUAUGUCACAUCCAGGAGAACUAGAUUUUGCUAAUUUUCAACGAGGUGUACUACAAGUUGUCAAUUCAAUCUUUGGUGGAAGAUUGAAUCUUGGUCAUCCAUUUCGUGAUGACAAUGGUGUUGAAGAUGAUUAUUUAGACGAAGAUGACGAUGCCAGUGAUUUCUCGGAUUCUGAUCGUAUUGUAUAUGAAAUUGCAAAUGGUGGUGAUCCUUACAAUAAUUCUGAAUCAGAUAGUGAUGAUGAUUCAAACUCUUCCAAUGAAGAUUACGGUCAAAAUGAACCUAUAAACAAUGAAGAUAGGAUUCGCUCACAUUACAGUAAUGAUUCCAGUGAAAAUUCAUCAUCUGGAAGACGUGCUCGUCUUGUAAUGCAUGCAAGCAAUAGUCGUAUUGAUGAUUCAUCAGUAAUUCGUGAUAAUGUACAUGAUGAUCAAGGAAAUAGGUCAUCACAAGAACGUCAUGUACGAGAAAGGCGUUCAAGGUCUCCGUCAAUAUCACGUCAACGAUCAGAUCCUAUUAAUUCUACUAUGGUUAAUUAUAGUACCUAUUAUUCUAAUAGAGAUCGUGACGAUUUGUACUCCAGAAGUAGUAAUAAUCUUAGUUCUAUCAAAGACCAUGAAGUUGGAGAGUCAUCAAACAGAAUGGACCGAAAUUGUACUGUUAAUUUUCUGGAUGGGUUACAAAUAUCCGAUACCAAUGAUUCUUCCAGACACCGAAAUGAUGAUUCUCGUAGUAUUAAAUCAAACAUCAACGACUUUUCCCGAUAUAAUGAUAAUGGAUAUGACGAAACAUCCCGCAAUUAUGAACAUUACAAUCAAGGCUCACUGGAGUCAUUAUCCAAUGUUCGAAAUGAUGGGACGUUUUAUAAUAAUUCAAAUAAUCGACACGGAUUUAGUAAUUCCCUUUCUCAAAACAUAUUUAAUACAUCACAACACUCUACACAACAACACUCAACAUUAUCAAGUCAACUCAACCGAACGCAUUAUGGCUCUCAAUCAGAUUCGGAAAAUGAAUUCACAAAUACUAUAUGCAGACAUAAGUCAACAUCAUUUCGGUUAAGAAGCAUGUAUCAAGAAGAUUCAACAACUGCAGAAGAAGUGAUGGAUGAUACCGAUUCAAGUUCAUCGUCACCCGAAAAUUCUGACGAAGAUCAAGAUGAGGAUGAAGUAAUGUUUACCGAUGCAGGAAACGAUAUGGAUACUACUGAUAACGAAGAUACAGAAGAUGAAGAUUAUCGAAGGUAUGAUGAGAAUAAUAUCUCACCAACAAGAUCUUUACCGAUCAGACAUGAAACAAAUCAAUUAUGGUAUAAACCAUGGUCUUGGUACAAUAAUAAUCAUAUAUCAGGUACAGCAUCUAGUGCAACUUCAGCUGUUGCUGAUGUAGAUAGUGACGCUACAAUUAGCAGUGGUGAUGAAUGCGAUGUGAGUACUCAUCAUGGUGUCGCGGUUAACUUAGAAAAAAAGUUACACCAUACGCGACAAAAAGUGGGAUAG